AUGGUGGCUGAUCCAGCAGAGGUUAGAUUGGUGAAUGGAUCCAGCCGCUGCUCUGGGAGAAUUGAGGUGCUGUAUGAUGGGAAAUGGGGGACUGUGUGUGAUGAUGACUGGGACCUGCAGGAUGCCCGAGUCGUGUGCAGACAACUUGGCUGUCAAGAUGCUAUCUCAGCCCCAACAGAAGCACACUUUGGAAGAGGACAUGGUCCCAUCUGGCUGGAUGGUCGCAAUUGUGGAGGGUGGGAAGAUGAUCUCAGAAAAUGUCCUCGAAAAUCUUGGGGAAUGUAUGGAUGCAGCCACAAUGAUGAUGCUGGUGUUGUGUGCUCAGCUCUGCCUAACAGUGACAGCUCACGUCAUGGUGCAGGGAGGGUGGAGGUCUGCUGCAAGUGGGGCACCGUCUGUGAUGCUGGAUGGCAUCUCCGGGAUGCCCAGGCUGUUUGCAAGGAGCUGGAUUGCAGAAAUGCCUCCCAGGUUUUCCAGGGAGCAAAGUACAGGGAAGGGACUGGCCCCAUCCGGCUGCAGAGCGUUUCUUGCACAGGGUAUGAGACUGGAACCAUUUGUGAUGCUGGCUGGGACUUGCAGGAUGCCCAUGUUGCAUGCAGGGAGCUCAGUUGUGGAAAUGCCUCCAAAGCAUUAGGGGGAGCCCAUUUUGGCCAAGGCUCUGGUCCCAUCUGGAUGGAGGGCGUGAAUUGCACAGGAGAGGAAGCAUUCCUGAGAGACUGUCCACAGGGGCCCUGGGGACAGCACAGCUGUGACCACAGCCAGGAUGCGAGCGUGGAGUGCUCAGCCGUCCGCCUAGCAAGCAGCUCAAGUCGCUGUGCCGGGAGGGUGGAGGUCUUCCACAACAAUGAGUGGGGCACCAUCUGCAACACUGGCUGGGAUCUCCAGGAUGCCCAAGUUGUGUGCCAGGAGCUGGGCUGCGGAAACGUCUCCCGGAUUGUCGGGGCAGCAAAGUAUGGGGAAGGCUCUGGCCCCAUCUGGCUGCACAGCGUUAACUGCACGGGGGGUGAGGCCGCUCUGAGCGAAUGCGCCAAGGGGCCCCAGGCACAGCAGAGCUGCAGCCACAGCCAAGACGCAAGCGUGGACUGCACCGGUGAGUCGGCAGGUCGAAGGCGGAUUGGCUCACCCUGA